AAAAAAAGGAACAACACUUUUAUGCCUCCACGUGGAACCACAAGUAAAUUCUUUCAAAAGAAGCAACAACGAGACAGUAGUAGUGAAGAAGAAUCAUCUGAAGCUUCGGAAGAGGAGGAAAUCAAGACAAGAGUAACCAGAAGUAAAACAAAACCUUCUACAUCAAAGAAGGCUUCUUCAUCGACCAGUAAUAAGAAGAAAAAACCAAUAGACGAGGACGACGAAGAUUUUGAAGUGCUCUCUUUCUCAGAGGAAGAUACUAGUAGUGAGGAGGAAUAUAAAGUAGCAAAAAAGAAGAAUACCAAAGCAAAAGCAACAACAAAAACAAAAGGUUCCCAAUCAAAAUCAACAAGAACAACAAAACGAAAAAAGAAGGAAGAAUCAGACUCAUCAGAAGGAGAAGAGGAAGAAGAACAGCAAAAAAAGAAGAAGAAAAAGACAACAAAAAGCAAUCCAAACGGACCAAAGUUAACAGAAAAGCAAAGAGAGGAAAUGAACCAGAUCAUAAAAAAGAUCGGAGAAAGUAAGAAGUUGUUCAUAGGAUGUCAUGUAUCUUAUGGAUCUAAAGGUGUGGAGACUGCACCUAUUGCUGCCUAUGAAACAGGUUGUUAUGGUGGAUUUGCAUUCUUCUUGGGAAAUCAGAAAACUUAUAGUCAGAAGGAAUAUACAGACAAGAUGGUGAGCACAUUUAUCGAGAAUUGUAAAAAGUAUAAUUAUGAUCCAAAGAAUUUACUGCCACAUGCCAGUUAUUUGAUUAAUUUAGCCAAUCCUGACCAAACUAAAUUGGAAAAGUCAAAGACAUUAUUCUUAAGUGAGUAUCAAAAAUGUGAAAGAUUGGGAGCUGUUAGAUAUAAUUUCCAUCCUGGCUCAACUGUGGGUGCUACAACACUGGAAGCAGGUUGUAAACAAAUUGCAGAAUGUAUCAAUUGGGCCAAUGAACAAACUGUUGGUGUAUGUUCAGUUUUGGAGUGCACUGCUGGUGGAGGCCAUUCAAUUGGUCACAAGUUUGAACACCUUAAAAUGAUUAUCGAUCAUGUUGAGGAUAAGAAUAGAGUUGGAGUUUGUCUCGAUACUUGCCACAUGUUUGCAGCUGGCUAUGAUUUGAGAACACAGGAAGGUUGUGAAAAAGUUUUCAAUGAAUUUGAUGAAAUUGUUGGAUUCAAAUAUUUGAAAGGAAUGCACUUGAAUGAUAGCAAAGUAAAAUUAGGUACCAAGAAGGAUCGUCACGAGAAUUUAGGAAAAGGUCAUUUAGGAAUCGAAGUAUUCAAAUAUAUUGUAAAUAAUGAAAACUUUAGAAAUAUUCCAAUGGUUUUAGAAACACCUGAAGGAUUAUAUGCUGAUGAAAUACAGGAAUUGUAUAGUUAUUAUAAUGAAAAGGAAGUUAAACCUGAAUCAACUAUUGAUGAAUAA